CACAGUCUGCACUUCAUACACGGAAAUAAAUGAUAUUUAGCUGAACAAAGUGAACUGAAGUGUUUAUGGCGCCAGAAGAAGACGUGGAGUUUCCUGUGUCUUUACUGCCUCCAGAUAAACACAUAGGAAAUGAUGGGCUCAAAUUCAUCCAGAAGAAGAGGACAUUGGGCAUGUCUGUGUGCAGUAAGCUGUGCUUUGCGAUUGGUGGAGCUCCGUAUCAGAUCACUGGAAGUUCUCUGGGCUUCUUCCUGCAGAUCUACCUGUUGGAUGUGGCACAGUUAGAGCCAUUCUAUGCAUCCAUCAUCCUCUUUGCAGGACGAGUGUGGGAUGCUGUUACAGACCCCACUGUGGGGUUCCUUGUUAGUCGGAGUCAGUGGACGCGACAUGGCCGGAUGAUGCCUUGGAUUGUGAUGUCCACUCCGUUUGCAGUUUUGAGUUAUUUCCUUAUCUGGGUGGUUCCUCCAGUGGAGAAGGGCAAAGUGUUGUGGUAUUUAUUCUUCUACUGUAUGUUCCAGUCUCUACAGACGUGUUUUCAUGUGCCUUACUCAGCUCUAACGAUGUUCAUCAGCUCCGAGCAGAAAGAGAGAGAUUCAGCCACAGCGUAUCGUAUGACUGUAGAGGUUUUUGGUACGGUUCUCGGAACAGCUAUUCAGGGUCAGAUUGUGGGCGGAGCCACUGCACCCUGUUUAAAUGACACCUCCUUUUUGAAUGACAGCUAUAAUGUUAUGCAGCUAAACUUCGAGGUCAACGUGUCGCACGUCACAUUGGAGGAUACGAAACAAGCAUACAUGCUAGCAUCUGGUGUGAUCAGUGUGAUCUACAUCAUCUGUGCUGCUGUUCUGUUUCUCGGUGUGCGAGAACAACAAGAUGUGAGUAUUGUAAAAGCAGAGUGUUUGUCGUUUGUGGAGAGUCUGAAGCUGCUGCAGAAACACGGGCCAUAUGUUAAACUGGUUACAGGUUUCCUCUUCACAUCGCUGGCCUUCAUGCUGAUGGAGGGAAACUUCGCUCUGUUCCUCACAUACACACUCGGACUACGUGGGGACUUCCAGAACAUUCUACUCGUCAUCAUGCUCUCUGGAACCCUCAGCAUUCCUCUUUGGCAGCUCUUCCUCACACGCUUUGGCAAAAAGUCUGCAGUCUACGUCGGCAUCACAUGGGCAAUUCCCUUCAUGAUCCUGGUGGUGUGUAUAGAGAGCACUCUUAUCAUAACAUACAUUGUUGCUGUAGCUGCCGGUGCCUCUGUGGCUGCAGCUUUCCUCCUGCCAUGGUCGAUGUUACCUGAUGCAGUGGAUGAUUAUAAAGUACAGAAUCCCAGCUCUCAGGGUCAUGAAGCCAUCUUCUACUCCUUCUACGUCUUCUUCACUAAGUUUGCCUCUGGAGUCUCACUGGGCAUCUCCACACUCAGCUUAUAUUUUGCGGGUUAUAUGUCGAGGGUGUGUGUUCAGCCCGACUCGGUGAAAUUAACAUUGAAGCUGUUGGUGUCUGCUGUGCCCGUGUCCUUCAUCAUCCUCGGCCUGCUCAUCUUCAGAUCCUACCCCAUCACUGAGGAGAGAAGGAGACACAACCGUCAGCGUUUACACGCCCUGCUGCAUGACAGCAGUGAAGAUUCUGAAAACUCUAGAUUACCGGGAUCUUCUAUCUGAAUCUCUGCAGUGUGUGAGUGCGCGUGUGAGUGCGCGUGUGGGUGCGCGUGUGAGUGCGCGUGUGAGUGCGCGUGUGGGUGCGCGUGUGAGUGCGCGUGUGAGUGCGCGUGUGAGUGCGCGUGUGAGUGCGCGUGUGAGUGCGCGUGUGGGUGCGCGUGUAUCUUAAGUGCCUUACUGAGACUUUUUCACAUUUUUUUUCCUGUCAUGUUGUAUAAUAAUAAUUACUACUGGAGGACUGGAACAGUUGCACCCAACACCUGCCUGGGUGUCUUCCAGUCAGUGUGUAUCAAGAGAGAACAGAAGAACCCUCAGCUCCAGUCUGUUGGACCAGUGCACUCUGGGUGAGUUCCUGAUGUGUGCAGUGAUGUCCACUCCAUCCCUCACCCCAGCAUCCAGUCUUCUGAAUAAAUAGCUACAUUCAAACGUA